GAUUUGAACUCCGAAUCAUUUACAAACGGAGCUCCGGCUUUGCUGCUUCUUCCUCCUCGCAGUCUGAGGUGAAUUAAAGUCGUCGGGUGUUGCUGUUACAAUGUCGACAUUAAAGAAAGUUGUAUGGCCCCAAAUCAUUCUCUUCGGUGACUCAAUAACACAGUUUGCCUUUCAAGCGAACGGAUGGGGGUGUGAAAUAGCUCAUAAACUCGAGAGAAAAUGCGACGUGGUAAACAGGGGCUUGUCGGGAUACAACACAAGGUGGGCUAAGAUUGUGCUUCCUCGCAUUGUGCCCAUUUCUGAUGCUCCUAUUGCGGCUGUGACUGUUUUCUUUGGCGCUAAUGAUUGUGCUUUGGAAGACAAGAACCCCGCGCAGCACGUGCAUCUCCAGGAGUUCUCGGAGAAUUUGAAGGACAUUGUCAGAUAUCUGGUGUCUAUAGGAGUGUCCAAUGACAAAAUCAUCUUCAUCACACCGCCACCACUUCAAGAAGCCGCCUGGGAGAAAGAGUGCUUGCUAAAAGGUUCAGCUUUGAAUCGGUUAAACUCUGUGGCUGGUCAGUAUGCGCAGGCCUGCGUUCAGGCUGCAGGACAAUCUGGUGUGGAUGUUCUGGAUCUCUGGACACUCAUGCAAAAAGAUGGACAGGAUUUCUCAGUGUACCUUUCAGAUGGACUGCAUCUUUCUGAUAAAGGAAACCAGUUUGUGGCAAAGUAUUUAUGGACACUUCUUGAGAGGCGAGUGGCUAACUUGCCCUUCAUUCUGCCUUACUGGGGGGAUGUGGACCCAAAAUGCCCUGAGAGCAGUCUACUGUGUGAUUAAACCUCAGGUCAUAUGAUGCACAGCGGAUGAAACACCAUUCAGUUCCUUUGGUUUAAAUUGCAAUAUUUUUGGAUACACUAAUUAUACAUGGUGGAAGGACCAGCCACCAGCCCUAUUUGCAAACAAGGAGUAUUUUGAGUUACUUAAGCAAGUAAAAUGACAAAUGUCACAGAUUAUGUUUGAUGUUCUGCCAAACAAUAUUCAGAUUUCUGUAUUAAAGUUUUGGUGAGGCCAA